AUGUUGACUGAUACUGCUUACACGUUGGUUUACGAGAUUGCUGCCAUGAGGCAGAUUCUCAUUACUGUCCUUAAUGGUGAUUCAAUGCCUGAGUUGCUUAUGACUAUCAUUAGAUAUGUGAUGCCUUCCAAGAACAAGCAGUUGAAAAAACUAUUGUACUGCUACUGGGAGAUCUGUCCCAAAUACGGCGAAGAUGGAAAACUGCGCCACGAGAUGAUUCUUGUUUGUAAUGCUAUUCAGCACGAUCUUCAACACCCUAAUGAGUACAUUAGAGGCAAUACAUUACGUUUCCUAAACAAGUUAAAGGAGCCUGAACUUUUGGAGCCUCUUGUUCCGUCCUGUCGUCAAUGCCUUGAACAUCGUCAUGCGUAUGUGCGUAAGAAUGCCGUUUUUGCCAUUUAUUCCAUCUAUAAAUCUUCCCAAGAGCUUGUACCCGACGUGGCCGAGUUAUUGGUUGAUUUCUUGGCAGUCGAAAGCGACGCAACGUGCCGCCGUAAUGCCUUUGUGUGUCUUUCACAUUUGGAUCGCGAUGGCUGUCUCAGAUACAUUCAAAACCAGACCAUAUCCAGCUUGGAUCCUAUGAUACAAUUAGCUUUUAUCCAGUUCAUUCGUAAAGAUGCCUCAGGUGCUCCUGAUUUGAGGCCUCGUUAUUUGCGGAUCGUCUCGGAAUUGCUAGAAUCACCUAAUGCUUCUGUUGUAUAUGAAGCAGCAACUUCUUUAUCCUCUUUGUCACAUUCUCCUGUCGCCAUUGAGAGUGCUGCCACCAAAUUUGUUGACAUGGCUGUAAAGGAGCCUGACAACAACGUUAAACUGAUUGCUUUGGAUCGUUUAAGAGAGUUGGCUCUUGAAAGUAACGGCGUAUUGGAUGAUAUGGCUAUGGAUAUUCUUCGUGCGUUGUCCGCUCCUUCUUUGGAUGUUCGUAAAAAAGCCGUCGAUAUCACCAUGGACUUGGUCUCCAGUAAGAAUGUUGAUGAUGUCGUUAAACUGCUCAAGAAAGAGCUUCAGAAAACGGCUGUUUCCAGCGAGGAGAGAAACUCGGACUAUCGUCAGAUACUUAUCGUGGCAAUUCAUCACUGUGCCAUCCAUUUCCAUGAGGUUGCCGCUUCCGUUGUUGAAAUGUUGUUAGAACUCGUGGGUGAGUUGAAUACUGUUACCGCCACUGAGGUAAUCUCUUUCAUCAAGCAGGUCAUUGACAAGUAUCCGGACUUGCGUAGUGGUAUCGUAGCCAAGCUCUUGAAAGCUCUAAGGACUGUUAAAAGUGGUAAAGUGUAUCGCGGUUCCCUAUGGAUUCUUGGUGAGUAUUGUCUCGAUGAGCAGGAUAUUCAUGCUGCUUGGAGAGAACUUAGAGCUAGUGUUGGUGAUGUUCCAAUUCUCAAAGAUGAAGAAGACGAAGACGGAGAAGAGCAAGUUGAAGAAGAUGGCGCUGAUGAGGCUUCGGCAAAGGCUACUGGACCUAAGAUUCUUGCAGAUGGUACUUACGCAACAGAGACUGGAUUCGAACAAGAGAAAACUUCUGAGGAAAAGCAAAAGGCCAGACUCUCUAAGACUCCUCUUAGAGCGCUCAUUUUGAGUGGAGACUUCUACCUUGCGGCAGUGUUGGCCUCAACUUUGGUCAAACUUGUUCUUAGAUUGGGUAAGAUAAGCGGAAAGACAGAGAUGAUGAACGCUUUUAAAGCUGAGGCAAUGCUCGUCAUGGUCUCCAUCGUUAGGGCAGGCCAAUCGGCUUCAGCCAAAAGUAAAAUUGAUGAGGAUUCUAUUGAUAGAAUCAUGACGUGUGUUCGAAUUUUGUCUGAUGAUGGAGAUGAUGAAUUAACUGCCAAGGCAUUUUUAGAGGACACUAAAGAUGCCUUUGAGAAGCAGCUUGCACUUGCUGCUUCUAGGGAAACUGGCAAGCGGCAAGUCAAUCGGCAGGAUAACUGUUCUCAAGCCGAUGAUAGCAUUGGUUUCAGACAGUUGACAACGGAGGAGGCUGAAAUUGUAGACAUUACGGAACAAGAAUUGGCCCAGAUUAGUGGAGGAACUACUCAGAGGGAGGACUUGACGUCACGGUUGAAGAAGAUUGCCCAGUUGACGGGAUUUUCAGAUCCUGUCUAUGCAGAAGCUUAUGUGAAAGUUCACCAAUUUGAUGUUACAUUGGACGUUUUGCUUGUGAAUCAGACCACAGAUACUCUUCGUAACUUGACUGUUGAAUUCGCCACUUUAGGAGACUUGAAAGUUGUUGACAAGCCAACCACUGCCAAUGUGGGGCCUCAUGGAUUCCACAGAGUUCAAACUACAAUCAAGGUGACAUCUGCAGACACCGGAGUGAUUUUUGGUAACAUUAUUUACGAAGGACAACAUGCAGACGAAAGCACAGUUGUGAUUCUUUCGGAUGUUCACGUGGACAUUCUUGAUUAUAUAAAGCCUGCAGUUUGCAGCGAAGCCCAGUUCCGGAAGAUGUGGAACGAAUUUGAAUGGGAGAACAAGAUUAGUAUCAAUUCUACGAUGCCUUCUCUCAAGGCGUAUUUGAAUGCAUUGCUUUCAAGUACGAACAUGAAGAACUUGACUCCGGAAGCUGUGAUUGGUGAGGAGUGUCGGUUCUUAUCUGCCAAUUUGUUUUCAAAAUCUACGUUUGGUGAGGAUGCUUUGGCCAAUUUGUGUAUUGAACAGUCUUCCACUGGUCCUAUAGUUGGACAUGUUAGAAUUAGAUCUAAGGGCCAGGGUUUGGCAUUAUCUUUGGGAGAUAAAGUUGCGGCAAUUGCCAGAAAGAUUAAGGCUUGA